AUGCCAGAUGCUAUGAAGAAGAUCUGUCAACCCUCUGAGUUUUAUAGUAAUCUAGGUCUCAAUCUACCUUACAUCAUGGAUAUGUUUGAGUUUAACAUGUAUGUCUUUGUUCAGUGUUAUUAUUUAAUACAGAAGAUAGUUGUGCUUUGGCUGAUUCUGUUCUCACUUCCAUUUGUUCUCUCUAAUUUGUUGAGGGUCCCUCAUGCUUCUGAAUCUCCAGGUCCUAACUUGAGUGGCCUUUUUGGAAGGCAAUCUGGCACUACCCCUGGUUAUUCGUACUCUGCUGCCAACAAGAACAUGGCUGUAACCUGGGGAGAGAAUACUCUUUAUGAUUAUUUGCUUAAUCCUAAGAAGUACAUUCCUGGAACUAAGAUGGUUUUUCCUGGACUGAAGAAGCCUCAAGAGCGUGCAGAUCUAAUAGCCUAUCUCAAGGAGGCAACUGCUUGAAGCUUCUAGCUUAAUUAUUUCUUAUGAAACACGGGGAGAUUGGUGUCAUUUGGGAAAUUUUUGCUAAAGGAAUUGCAAGUCUAUUGAAUAAGAGCAUCACAGUUAUGCACUGUGCUAUUUAUUUGGUUGAGCUUUUAGGCCAACAAUGGAAGAUUUUGUUGUGCCUACGGCUCGUGAUUUUUUGAACUGAUACAUAGAUAGCGAUUUUUGCAAAUUCAUUUUAAUUUCUCUAUAAUUUUUCAU